AUGAGGGGGCAAUUUCCAAGAGUUUUCGUUUUGCCUACCAAGCUAUCGCCGGUAGAGUUGGACCGUAUUGAGGGGUCUGUUGCGGAGUUAACAUGGGACGCUGCGGAAGCUCAGGUGUUCGUGGGGAAAAUAAGUCGGCGUGAGCGUGCUCUUUUCGAGCUUCGCCGACUGAAGGUCCUCACAACGGAGACUUCACAGCCCAUGCGAGACCAUCGUUCUGGGAUUCCUCUAGUAAAGGGCGCAAAAACGUCAACCAGACGCAACGGGACAGAUGGACCGCAUCAGUAUCAAGACACUGAUUCAGCAGGCCAUGAUGAAUUCCAACCCCUCCGGCCAGGCCAUAUUCAAGUCGUCCGUCUGCAAUGGCUGGAAGACUCACUAGAUGCCGGAGCCGUUCUCUCUACAUCAAAUUACCUGCUGUACGAAGGUAUCAAGGUUGAAAAUGACCCCCAGCCUGCACUCGCGCCGACACAGGUAUCUCAAGCGAGCACCGACGACAUCGCGCACGAGACCAGUAACCGGCCACCAGAGUCCUCUCAGUAUUCUGCGCCCUCUCAGCGUCUCCGCCAGGGUAGUCGUGAGCGUCGGACAUCUUCAGGGGGUCGGAGCAUCGCACCGCAACGACCAGUGCUCGUCCACGAAACAACAUCGGAGCAUGACCUACCUUUGCCUCCGAUACCUGCAUUUCUGCACACAACAUACUCAUGCCAGCGCCCGACACCUGUGACGACGCCCAACGCAGGGUUUGUGGAAGAGUUGAAGAAGGUCCGUGAGCUGCGACUGUUGGAGGGAGAUUCUAUCGGUGUUCGGGCAUACUCGACCUCCAUUGCGACGUUGGCAGCAUAUCCCCAUGUUCUACAAAGCUCAUUCGAAGUCUCGCGCUUGCCCGGCUGCGGCUUGAAGAUUGCCGAGUUGUACCAGCACUGGCGGGAGCAUGGUUCUCUGGCCGAGGCGGUAGAAGGAAGCAAGAACGAAAGAUUGGCUGUGUUGAAACUAUUCUACGACAUCUGGGGCGUCGGCGAUACAACAGCACGCGAAUUCUAUAACAAGGGAUGGCGUGACUUGGAUGAUAUUGUCGAGUUCAACUGGGGGCACCUCAGCCGCGUGCAACAGAUUGGGGUCAAAUUCUACGACGACUUCAAGCUCAAGAUCCCCCGGUCAGAGGUGGAGGAGAUUGGGAGCGUCAUCCUCGGCCAUGCCCAGGCUAUAGAUGGUGGUUUCCAGAUGGUCAUAGUCGGUGGCUACAGGCGCGGCAAAGCCCAGAGCGGCGACGUUGAUGUAGUCCUCAGCCAUCCAGACGAAACAAAGACGCUGCGGUUCGUUGAAAAGAUAGUGCGCGCACUUGAGAAAAGCGAGCACAUCACGCACACGUUGACCCUCUCUGUACGGAACAGUGAACGGGGUCAGACAGCGCUGCCUUGGAAGGGCGAAGGCCGGCACGGCUCGGGCUUUGACACGCUUGACAAGGCUCUGGUCGUAUGGAAGGACCCUGAGCACGCCAAAUCGCCUCAUCGACGAGUUGACAUAAUCAUUACGCCCUGGAAGACAGCUGGCUGCGCGGUACUGGGCUGGAGCGGAGGUACUACCUUUCAGCGUGACCUGCGACGAUACUGCAAGGCCGAGAAGGGCUUGAAAUUUGACAGCAGCGGCAUUCGCAGCCGAUCUGAUGGCAGCUGGAUGGAUGUCGAGACGGACCCGGAGCUAGGGCCAGCACCAGACAUGGUCACCGCAGAGAAGCGCGUCUUUCAGGCAUUGGACCUGCCAUACAGACCGCCUGAAGAGAGGUGUACAGGCUGA